GGAAAGCAUCUCCCAGGAUUGUGAAAGAAAGUGCUGGCGAGGAGUGUAAACAUCGCCGAACAAAACAAGCCUCGUAUGUUAGACGAAUGCCUAAGAUAAGCACCGAUACGAUAUGGGACUUGGCAGCGUUGGAGGUUCAAAGCAAAGAAAGCGGUGGUGGCGAUGAGGACAUCGAACAACAUGAGCAGUCAUUGCACGAGAGAACCGUCAUCUUUCUUGGAAGCAAGUCAGGGGGUAAAACAACUAUACUGCUCCGAUGCCUUGACAGAGAUGAACAGCCCAAGCCUACUCUUGCUUUAGAAUACACAUUUGGGAGGAGAGCUCGGGGACACAAUACGCCCAAAGACAUUGCACAUCUGUGGGAGCUUGGAGGAGGAACAUCGCUCUCAGACCUCGCUCCUAUCCCUAUCAAUGCACAAAAUAUCAGGGGUUUCUCUGUGGUGCUGGUGCUGGACCUGUCUCAGCCCAAUGCCCUGUGGGCCACCCAGGACAAGCUGCUGCAGGCGGCCAGAGCCCAGGUGGAGAAGCUCUGCUCCGGCCCUCAGAGAGGUGGGGACUCCCGCACGGUCAAGCAGAAGCACGUGCCCAUCAAGACACCCCACGUCCUACCCAAAGACUAUCCUGAUAGAGAGCUCAUCAGCCCCUUCCCUGUCCCCCUGCUUCUCAUCGGCAGCAAGUUUGACAUCUUCCAGGACUUUGACUCGGAGAAGAGGAAGGUGAUCUGUAAGACCCUGCGCUUCUUGGCCCACUACUAUGGAGCAUCGCUUGUCUGUACAAGCAGUAAGUCGGAGGCGACCAUCUCUAAAACAAAGAACUUUGUCAGCCACCUUGCGUUUGGAACAGACAAAGGGAAGUCCAUGUCGGUUGACCCCAGCAAGCCUCUGGUCGUCCCUGCUGGUGCGGACUCCUUAAGCCAGAUAGGGUCUCCCCCCACCACAGACAUAGACAUCGGAAGCCUGCAUGCCAAGAAUCCACUAGAUCUCUGGAAGAAAGUGUUUGAAAGGGUCUUCCCUCCAGAGAGUACUGCAGAGCGUAAGCAGCUGAAGGAUCCGGCCAAAGACCCGCAGUACAGCGAACCCCUCAUCGACUCCAUGCGCGCCCAGAAGGACCAGGAGCUGGACCAGUACAAGAGGGAUGCAGCAAAGUCAUGGAAAGGCCUGGAGCUGGAAUCUUAAAACUGUGUAAUGAUGUCAUUAUUAUAUUUUAUUAUAUUAUAUUAUAUUAUAUUAUAUUAUAUUAUAUUACAUUAUAUUACAUUAUAUUACAUUAUAUUAUAUUAUAUUAUAUUAUAUUAUAUUAUAUUAUAUUAUUAUUACAUUUUAUUAUAUUGUAAGGUAUAUGUAUUAUAUACCUUUAUAUAACUUUAUAUGUCCAUUAUAAUGGAGUUUAAAACAAAUACAGUGUGCAACCUGUAAAGUAAAAGCUAAUUCUGAAAGCAGGAGAGGGGAGAGCACUCUUCCUUCCUCCCUAUUAGGUAUCUGGGACACUUAAAGAGCUCUUUUCCAAAAUGCAAUAGAUCUACUUUGAACAAAUAUUCAAAAUGAAAUGUUUUUUAUUGUGUUUCUCAGUAAACAUAGGUAAAAAACAGUGUUUUGAUGUUUGACCCAGUUACAAUUGCCCCCGCCCCAAUGCUGCUAAAAUAAGAUUUUUUUUAAAAGGUUAGAGAAAACUAAGUAUAAAUGGAUUUUUAUUGCGUUUUGCAGUGAAUAACACACAAGUAUGUACAUAUCACUAGCAGCCUAAGCACAACCAGAGCAGAUUACACCUAGAUACAAAUUCACACAACUAUUACCUGGAGGAAAAAAAACAGAUUCAUUGUUGUAUUGUGUUUUAUAUGGUUUAUUAGUAUUUGUGUAAAAUAUUGAAUUCUUUUUUUUUUGUAUUUUGUGUUUAUGCACAAUAAAUUAUAUACAAUAAAUUACAUUCAUACUCA